GUGAGUAAAUUAUCUGGAUUUUUCUUUUAAGAAAAUGGAAUAUUCCUUUAAGAAACUACCUAGCUUUAUGGGUUAACAUUACAUUAAACUGUUAUUAAAAUGUCAUUAAGUGUUAAUACCAAAAUAAUUUUAAAAACCUGAACAAAAUGCAACAGACACGUCAAAAUAUUAUACCUAACUUUAUGUAUGUGCACAAUACAUAAAAAACUGACAAAUAAAAAAGCUUGCUCUUCCUCAUGCAGAAGGUUUUUUAAUUUUCUGACAUACAAAACAUUUCAUUAAUUUAAUGUAAUUUAGUGUUUUUGCAGUGAUAUGGAUCAGACGCUGCAUACCUAAUUAUUGUACUGUUUUUAUUUAAUUUUAGGUGAAUCUGUCUCCAAAUGCAAUAAAAUAUAAUUUUAUCAAUUUUAAUUAUUAUUAUUAUUAUUAUUAUUAUUGGAUUAUUUAUUUUAUUUCUCUAACACCUGGAGGAAACUUAAAAAAAACAUUAUAAAGAAUAUUCAUGAUGCUGUUAAAUCCAUUUGACAGAGUAUUAACACUUAAUGACAUUAUAAUGACAAAUUAUAUUUAUAUCACUGUAGUUGAGGUCAAGAAAAAUAUCCAUGACGCUGUUAUAAAACUAUGACAGAGUAUUAACACUUAAUGAAACUUUAAUGACAAAUUAAAUUUGUAUCACUGGUAAAAAGUGGUCAGUUAUGUUGUCUUGAUAAUGUCAAGUUGUCAUAACAAAGACAUCUCAAACAAUUUCAUCUUUGCAUUAAAAUUUACACAAUCGAACUAAAGACACUUGACAUUUGUCAUAAAUGUGCAUAAAAUCUCCUUCAUGUUCAUGGCACGGGGUUAUUUUCAAUCUGGCAUUGGGUCAAAAAGGGAUGAGCCAAUGUUGGGUUGUUUCAACUCAAAAUGCUGGGUUAUUUUAACCAAUUGUUGGGUCAAAUAUAAAACAUUUUUGGGUUAACUGUAACAUGGCUGUUGGGCUCGUCCCUUUUUGACCCAAUGCUUGUUUGAAAAUAACCCAGCAUUAUUUAAAGUGUUGACUACUGUGUGAUGAUAUGUCAUGUGAUUUCAGAGCUCAUAUUUCCCCUGUCUGAUAAUUGGUCAGGAUUUCAUGAAUAUUGCACUACAUCUUUAACACCAUUUAAUAAACAAACUGAAGCACCUAAAUAAAUAAAAAAAUUAUUUAAUGCAACGAUUUAAUGUUUAUGUUUUCAACAUUUGAUAUCAAAUGAGACAGAGUGUUUACAUUUCACCUGUGCUGCUUUACACACACCUGCAGUCUUCAGGGAAGAGGAAUAGGCCACACCCACACGAGAACAUGACUGUGUGUGUUACCUACUCUCUUUCAUAACACACCGUCUGUGUUGCUGUCAAAGAUGACUACUGUGGUCAAGAUUCAAGAGCGGGAUACUGCAAGUAGUGCACAUAUCAUAGAAGAUGAUAAACCAUCCCCAAUGGGAUGUUUCGGCUGGAUUAUUGUCAUAAUUUCUGUCAUUGUCACAAUAGGAUUGUUUCCUAUAACUAUCUUUAUGUGUGUAAAGAUCGUACAGGAAUAUGAACGAGCUGUGAUCUUUCGUUUGGGUCUUAUUGUGGACAGAAAACCAAAAGGACCAGGAAUUUUCUUUGUGUUGCCAUGUACAGACACAUUCAGGAGAGUGGAUUUGAGAACUGUGUCAUUUGAUAUUCCUUCACAAGAGUUCCUGACUAAGGACUCUGUGACGGUGAAUGUGGAUGGUGUGGUGUAUUUCCGUGUAUUUGACCCUAUCUGUUCGGUGGCCAACGUGAGUAAUGCAGACCACUCAACAAGACUGCUGGCACAAACCACCCUGAGAAAUGUGCUUGGCACAAAGAACCUAUCAGAGCUGUUAUCAGACAGAGAGAGCAUCUCUUACUACAUGCAGAAUGCCUUGGAAGAGGCCACUGCUGAAUGGGGCAUUAAAGUGGAGCGGGUGGAGAUCAAAGAUGUUAAGUUGCCCCUACAGCUUCAGAGGGCCAUGGCUGCAGAGGCAGAGGCGUCCCGUGAGGCUCGAGCAAAGGUGAUUGCAGCCGAGGGCGAGGUGAACGCCUCACGGGCUUUAAAGGAAGCAUCUCUAGUGAUCGCCGAGUCACCUUCAGCUCUGCAGCUACGAUACCUCCAGACGCUUAACACCAUCGCUGCUGAGAAAAACUCCACCAUCAUCUUCCCUGUGCCUAUUGACAUCAUUCAACACUUCACAUCUAAAUAAGAUGAAUGUUUCCAGAAACAACUUUGCUCAGUUCUAUAAGCUAUGAGGGCUCUUGCUGAAAAUGUUUGAAAUCUGACUGCUAGCAGUGAGAUUUUUAAAUGAGGAUCAUGCGGAGAUGUUAAAUGCUCUGUGCAUGUUUGCUGCAACUUUCAUAACAUGACAUAUUCCCAUGUUGAAGUUCAUUUGUUGCUAUAUCAUAUCUUUUUUUAAUAUAAUCAAAGUAUAUUCAUGCUGUAUAUAUCAAUUCAACGUACUAUAAUAAAUCUUGAUGCUGUAAGUUAUCAAAAGUUAAGAGUUAUUAUAAAAAGAGUUGCAACUAUGGCAGCUAAAAAGGUCAUUCUUUGCAGGGUUUUUUUAAAGGUGCAGUGUGUAACUUUUAUAAGGAUCUCUUGACAGAAAUGCAAUAUAAAAUACAUAACUAUAUUAUCAGUGGUGUAUAAAGACCUUACAUAAUGAACUGUUAUGUUUUUAUUACCUUCGAAUGAGACGUUUUU